CCAGCUCUGAAUAUUUUUUCCCCUACUGUUCCUGGAGUGAGAGGCAUCAUUGCGAUUCCAAAGGAAGACAUGCGCUGAAGAUUAAACAUGUAUGGGAAUUAUCCACACUUCAUUAAGUUUCCCACAGGCUUUGGCAAUCCCCCAGUUCACACCGGUUCAGCUCCUGCAAAUCUGGCACAAGCCCCUCCCACAGGGCACUCCAUAGAUGGUCAGCCCAACUCCCUUGAGUCUCCUCUCUGUGCUUCGAGGACAAUCUCGUCCCCAAUGAACUCUGGCCAUCCCUUGGUCUCUCCCUACAGAGUCAUCACAUCGUCUAUUGGAUCACAGCCCGUUCCUUUGUCUUCGCCACCAGGCAUUCAUUUCACUGCCCAUUCUAGCCCUCAGCUCAACGUCAUGAAUAAUGUCAGCAGCUCUGAGGAUGUGAAACCUCUGCCGAACAUGCCAGGAAUGGGAACCAUGAGUUACACAUCCACAAGCCCUGGAUCCUUGACCAAGCACAUCUGUGCAAUUUGCGGGGACAGGUCGUCAGGAAAGCAUUAUGGGGUGUACAGCUGUGAAGGAUGCAAAGGCUUUUUCAAGCGGACAAUCAGGAAGGACCUUAUCUACACUUGCCGUGAUAACAAAGACUGCCUGAUUGACAAGCGUCAGCGGAACCGUUGCCAAUAUUGCCGCUAUCAGAAAUGCUUAGCGAUGGGCAUGAAGAGAGAAGCUGUCCAAGAGGAGAGGCAGAGGAGCAGAGAGAGGAGCGAAAAUGAAGUAGAAUCCACUGGCAGCACUAGCAGCAGCAAUGAAGACAUGCCCGUGGAGAGGAUUUUGGAAGCUGAAAUGGCUGUGGAACCCAAAACAGAACCUUACGGUGAUGUGAGUGCCGACAAUUCGACCAAUGAUCCUGUCACUAAUAUCUGCCACGCAGCCGACAAGCAACUCUUCACCUUGGUGGAAUGGGCCAAACGGAUCCCUCACUUCUCUGACCUGACACUGGAAGACCAAGUUAUCCUCCUCCGUGCAGGUUGGAAUGAACUGCUGAUUGCCUCUUUCUCCCACCGCUCUGUCUCUGUGCAGGACGGCAUCCUCUUAGCCACUGGCUUACACGUGCACCGAAGCAGCGCCCACAGUGCUGGGGUGGGCUCCAUUUUUGACAGAGUUCUCACUGAACUGGUAUCCAAAAUGAAAGACAUGCAGAUGGACAAAUCUGAGCUGGGCUGCCUCCGAGCCAUCGUCCUCUUCAAUCCAGACGCCAAAGGUCUGUCUAGUCCGGCAGAAGUAGAAUUGUUACGAGAGAAAGUGUACGCUGCUCUGGAGGCGUAUACCAAGCAGAAAUACCCUGAGCAACCUGGAAGGUUCGCCAAACUCCUCCUGAGGCUGCCCGCCCUGCGGUCCAUUGGGCUGAAGUGUCUGGAGCACCUCUUUUUCUUCAAACUGAUUGGCGACACCCCGAUCGACACCUUUCUCAUGGAGAUGUUGGAGACACCCCUCCAGAUCACUUGAAUUUCGGCUAAGAGGGUUCACGGAUUGAGUUGUAGGGU